AUGAACGCCCUCAAGCUCCAAAAGCGUUUCCCGCAGCUCGACCAGGGCGAGAUUUUCUCUCUCCAAGAUGCAUUCCACAAGUUGGAUAUUGAUGAUCGCGGCUAUUUGGACGAAGCUUCCGUGAUCAAGGCUGCUCAACAGUCUGAGCGACAACCCUAUGAUGUUGUGCGUCAGACUUUGAAGGGCGUAGAGCUCGAUAGCUCCCGACGUGUCGAGCUCGAAGAUUAUAUCGAUCUAGUUGCGAGACUCCGAUCCGGACCAGCCCCCGGCGCUCAAGCUGCAUCCAGCCCCGCGGCCGUGAUUCAAGGAGCCGGCGCCGGCGCCGGCGCAUCCCGGGGACAUGCCUCCAAAGGAAGUGUCGGCGGUAGAAUUCAUGUCCAAGGUUCUUCGUCCAAUGUCACACAUACGAUAAACGAAGAUGAGCGAACUGAGUUCACACGACACAUCAAUGCCAUCCUGGCCGGUGAUCCUGAUAUUGGCAACCUUCUACCUUUCCCAACUGAUACCUUUGAAAUGUUCGACAAGUGUAAAGACGGUUUGGUCCUGGCUAAGUUGAUCAACGAUAGUGUGCCAGACACUAUUGAUGAGCGUGUUUUGAACAAGGCAGGAAAGAAAAUCAAGCAACUGAAUGCUUUCCACAUGACGGAGAACAAUAACAUUGUUAUUAACUCUGCUAAGGGUAUUGGCUGUUCAGUGGUGAACAUUGGCAGUGGAGACAUCAUUGAGGUCCGCGAGCAUUUGAUCUUGGGAUUGAUUUGGCAAAUUAUUCGCCGUGGCCUGCUGGGCAAGAUCGAUAUUAAACUUCACCCUGAGCUCUACCGACUUCUGGACGAGGACGAGACCCUUGAGCAGUUCCUCCGCUUGCCUCCAGAGCAGAUCUUGCUCCGCUGGUUUAACUACCAUCUCAAGAACGCUAAGUGGGAUCGACGAGUAACCAACUUCUCUACUGAUGUUAAGGAUGGAGAGAAUUAUACUGUUCUUUUGAAUCAACUUGCGCCGGAAGUUUGCUCUCGUAGUCCUCUUCAGACAAAUGACUUACUUCAGCGAGCCGAGCAGGUUCUCACCAAUGCCGAGAAACUUGAUUGCCGGAAAUUCCUGACCCCGACUUCUCUUGUUGCUGGAAACCCCAAGUUGAACCUUGCGUUCGUUGCCAAUCUUUUCAACACCCAUCCAGGACUGGAUCCGAUCACGGAAGAGGAGAAGCUUGAGGUAGAGGACUUUGACGCCGAAGGAGAGCGUGAAGCGCGAGUGUUCACCCUUUGGUUGAACUCACUUGAUGUGCAGCCGGCAGUUAAUUCGCUCUUUGAUGAUCUACGAGAUGGUAGCAUCCUGAUGCAGGCUUACGACAAGGUCAUCCCCGGCAGUGUCAAUUGGCGACACGUGAACAAGCCCCCUGCCUCGGGCGCCGAACUGAUGCGUUUCAAGGCCGUGGAGAAUACUAACUAUGCUAUUGAGCUUGGAAAGCACAACGGUUUCUCUUUGGUCGGCGUUCAGGGUGCUGACAUCACAGAUGGUCAGCGAACGCUGACCCUCGGCUUGGUCUGGCAGUUGAUGCGUAGGGAUAUUACCAACACCUUGUCGGCCCUGGCCCAGCGACUUGGCAAGCGCGAGAUUACGGACUCUGAGAUGAUUAGAUGGGCUAAUGAUAUGUCCAAGAGUGGUGGACGCACUUCCGCUAUCCGCAGCUUCAAGGAUUCGUCCAUUGGCACCGGCGUGUUCCUGCUGGAUGUGCUGAAUGGUAUGAAGAGCAGCUAUGUCGACUAUGACUUAGUCACUCCUGGCCGGUCCGAAGAGGAGGCAUAUGCCAAUGCCAAACUGAGCAUUAGUAUCGCCAGAAAGAUGGGAGCCACUAUCUGGUUGGUACCCGAGGAUAUUUGCCAAGUGCGCUCGCGUCUGGUCACCACAUUUAUCGGUUCUCUUAUGGCUACUUUCGAGAAGAUGUAA